AUGUAUGCGCCAGUAAAGACCACGCGCCUGCGACAGGCCAGGUCGCCCAGGCUGUCGUCGCUCUGCGGCGGCUUGGUCGUGCUGGCCGCCGCCACGCUGCUGUGCUAUGUCGUCGUCGCACUGCGAUAUGCGCACACGCUGCCGCUGCCCUUUUCCCGGCUCGCAGUACCGCCUAGCGCUGCCGAUGCGAGCAAUGCGAGCAACGUCGCCGUGGCCGACCAUGAUCGCUUCACACUGCACCCAGAGCUUCAUGUGGCGCGUCCCCGGCGCACCCUCGUCUUGGACUGGACCAUCACGCGAGAGAAGCGCCGGCCGGACGGCGUCCUGCGAGACGUCUACCUGAUCAACGGCCAAUUCCCUGGUCCCACGAUUGAGGCACGCUCUGGUGAUGAGCUGCAAAUCACCGUGACGAAUAACAUUCUCAACGACACCGAUGCGGGCAUUUCCAUGCACUGGCACGGCCUUUUCAUGAAAGACGCCAACGAAAUGGACGGUGCAACAGGCGUCACGCAGUGUGCCGUCGCCGAGGGCCAGUCCUUUACCUACACCUUCCACAUCGACCCCGCGCAGCACGGCACCUACUGGUACCACGCGCACUCUGCCGUGAAGCGCGCCGACGGCCUGUACGGCGGCCUCGUCAUCCACAAACCCGCCGAUGAGGGGACCGGUCACACCGACCAGUCACGACACGAGUACGACGCCGAGCGGCUUCUGCUUAUCGGGGACUGGUAUCAUCGCGACGCGGACACGGUUCUCGGCGAGUAUAAAAACCGCCGGAAUUUUGCCUACGAGCCCGUGCCCGACUCGCUGCUCAUCAAUGGCGUCGGCUCGUAUAAAUGCUCCAAUGCGCGGCCCGCCCGCCCCAUUGACUGCGUAGAGACGGAGGUGCCCGCGCUCGCCAUGGUGGCGGACAAGGCCGUCCGGCUGCGCGUCGUGAAUACCGGUGCGGCUGCCGGCCUGUCAUUUCAGCUGCAAAACGGCACCGUGCAGCUGCUCACCGUCGAUGGCGGCGGUUACGUUGCCGACGACACGCCACAGACGCCCACGAUCGGUGUCCUGUACCCGGGAGAGCGCAUGGACGUGCUCCUGCUCCCGGGCGACACGCCGGCCGACGACGAGCACGUACUCGACACGCAGAUGAAGAUCGUUCUCGAUGCAGAACUCAUGCCCAUGAAGAACUGGGCCCUCACCCGCAUCCAAGACUUUCCUCUGACGUGGCGGCGACGGAGCACGGCCGCCAGCCUCGCCCGCCGCGACGUGCGGCCCGCCGUCGCCGUCUUCAACAUGAAGGAUGCGCACGGCGCCGAGGUGCCCCCGGAUGCGGCCCUGCACCGGGACGCGGCUGAGACGGCGCUGCUGUACACCAGCCUGUCCAUCAACAACUUCAAAAAGGACGAGCCGUGGGGCGAGGUCAACCACACCUCGUGGGUCUGGAAGGACCCGCGCGCGAAGCCGCUGCUCGCGCUCGACGCGGAUGCGUGGGCGGACGGCACCGAGCAGGCCAACACGCUGCGUACGUUCCGGGCGCCGUGGUACCGUGACGGCCACGAUCGGUGGAUGGAUCUGGUGGUGAAUAACGUCGACGACAAGGGCCACCCGUUCCACUUGCACGGGUAUGCGUUUCACGUCAUCGGGGCCCGGCAGCUGGAUCUGGGCCGUUCGUACAACCCGUACGAACCGGGCGCGACGCAGGCGCAGGCCCAGUUCUUCAACACCAAGACGCCGCGGCGAAAAGACACCGUGUAUAUCGAGUCGCACGGCUAUGUCGUGUUGCGGUUUCCGCUGGACAAUGUUGGCGUCUGGCUGAUGCACUGCCACGUGCUGUGGCAUCAGGCGGUGGGGAUGGGCGUCGUGCUCCAGGUCGGCAACGUCACGGCCGCGACGAAGCAGAGGGCGGGCGAUAGCUGCAUCGCGUGA